UUCUGAAGGCAGUUUAGGCAGUGCUGUUGUUGUAUGUCGUUUUUUUGUUUCUGACAAUUGAUCAAGCGAAGUGGGUAGCUAGCCAUCGUUAUCCAUAUUAACAGGGAGCAAUGUCUUCAAAAAUUCCGGUUCAGAUUGAAAAUCGGCAGAAAGAAAGGACAAAACCGAAAGGCCCUGUUUGUCCUGCUGACAAUAUGAAGAAAGAGGUUCAUAAAUUUGAAUUCAAGGAAACAACCAUGCCACCUAAUUUUAACUUUGCCUCAAAAACAGAAAAUGGUGUACUCAAGCCUCAAAACAAUGUCCCCAGAAAAAAGCAGACAGCCAAGGUUUACAAAGGACCAACAGCUAGACUAGAGGCAGAACUCCGAGACCAGAAUCGACUGUUGGAAGCAUUGAAUGUAGACCUGCAAAAGAGUCUCUCAGAGUCCAAGGAGAAGGUUGCACAACUGGAGAGGCAAUACACAGAGCUUCAGGGGGAGAACAGUGAGAUUCAGAGACAACUGGAGACUUACCGCCUGUUGUUGGUUUCUGGCGAAAUAGACCCAAUUUCAGGGGAAAGAAUUGCUGAAAUUGCUGAAAAGCAACGGACAGAUGUGGUGAACAUGUCCGCGGAGCUGACAAGCGAGCUACUGAAGUUCAGUGAACAGUGCGUGGAACACAGAACGCAGCUGGAGCAGCAGCAAGAAAAAAUGAAGGCCCUGACAGAGGUGCGAGAACGGCAUGCGCAGGAACGGGAGGCUUUCUCGCUGGAAGUGCAGGAAAUGGAGAAGGCUUUGGAGGAGGCUGAGCAGCUGUUGCUGGAGGAGCUGUAAAUUUUUGUCUGUCCUUUUUUUUUUUCGUACAGUACUGGAAACUUAAAUAAAGCUCUGAAGUCUUUGCUGCUCCUUGUGCAAUGGUGUUUGGUAGUUAAACAAUAAUGCUUCUAUGCUCAAGUGUGUGUUAUUUCAGACAGUCCACAGUAAAGAAAGGUUUUACUUAGCAUUGUAAAAAGGCUUGACAGAAUAUUGAGGAAACAUGUUGACCACAGGCAUGUCCUGUAGGUGGGUA